CUCCUCCUCCUCCUCCUCCUCCUCCUAUAGUAACCAGCAGGCUGUGAUCUUGGCAGUCGUGCAGAAGGAGCCAAAGGAGGCGAAGCAGCAGAUCUAAAGAGAGAAAGUCCCAGCCGUCCCAGCAUGGAGGGUAGAACGAGUCUUCUCUUCUGCCUCAUUGCGGUGGCGUGUUCCUCCGGAUCGGCUGCUCUGACGACAGAGUGUGAAAGCGCCACAGUGGCCGACAUCGUCUUCCUGGUUGACGGCUCCGGCAGCAUCGGGGAGAACAACUUUAAGGAGGUCCAGUCUUUUAUCGACAGCGCUAUCGAGGCCCUCGACAUCGGCACCAACAAGGUCCGCGUUGGCUUGGCUCAGUUCAGUGAUGAACCCAUCGCAGAGUUUCUGCUUAAGGACCACAAGAACAAGAAGUCCCUGCAGGCCGCGAUAAAGGCAGUCAAGUACAGAACAGGAGGCACGAACACCGGCGAAGCUAUCAAUUUCCUCCGAGAUAAUUUUUUCACAGAAGAAGCCGGGAGCCGAGUCAACCAACAGGUUCCUCAGAUCGCCGUGGUCAUCACAGACGGAGGCUCUCAGGACGACGUGAAGCUGCCCGCCCAGAGCCUGAGGCGGCGCGGGGUCAUAAUGUUUGCCAUCGGAGUGGGAGCAGCCAACCACACAGAGCUGGUUUCCAUCGCCAACCGUCCCUCAGAGCGUUUCCUGUACUCCAUUGACAACUACCAGGCCCUGAGGAGUAAGAGAGACGAUCUGCUGCAAACUGUUUGCAUCUCUGUGGAUGAUCAGAGGGAAGCUCUGACUGACAGGUUUGGAGAUAUUUUCUUCUUGUUGGACAGCAGCAUAGCUACCGGACAGUUCAACAUAUUCAAGAGGGACUUCAUCAAAUUGAUUGAAAGUCUUAACGUUGGAGAGUCGGCCUACCGCAUCGGCUUGGCCCAGUACGGGCAAAACCCCAAGGUAGAAUUUGGUCUCCUCACCCAUCAAACCAAACAGCAAACCCUGGCGGCCAUCAAACGUUUCAGGCUGCCCCCAUCAUACAGAGGACAACGAAACCUGGGUACUGCUCUAAAGAACGCCAGGAACCUCUUCUUUACCCGUGGGGAUGGGGGGCGAGCACACCAAGGCGUCCCGCAGACCCUGGUGGUUGUGAUGGGAGGCGAGUCCAGUGACUCUGUGUCCGAUGCCGCCCAACGGGUGGAAUCCUCAGAGAUCACUGUUUAUGGGGUGUCUGCGGGUGCGAGCAGAACUGCCUUAGAGUCAGUUGUCAGUUCUGAGUACAUUCUUAGUUCGCCGCAAUUGAAGGAGUCCUUGACGGCAGUUAAAAAGGACCGCAUUUCUGAAGAUUGCAACGUAGCCAACGUGGCCGACAUCGUGUUCAUCGUUGAUGAUUCCGGGAGCAUUGAAACCUCCGACUUCCAGCUGGUGCGCGAUUUCCUCCGCUCAGUCGUGAGUGGCUUCAAAGUGGGUCCCAUUUCAGUCCAAGUGGGCAUCGUCACGUACAGCGAUGAGUCCACUGCGCAAGUCUACCUCAACGACUUUGAUGACAAGGCUGAAGUCCUCCAGUUUAUCAAGAUGCUGCCUCACCGUGGAGGCGGUACGAAGACCGGAGCCGCCCUAAACUUCACACUGAAGGAAAUGUUCGUUGAGCAAAAGGGCAGCAGGAUAAAACAGAAUGUCCAGCAAGUGGCAGUGGUGAUCACAGAUGGAGAGUCCCAGGACGAAGUGGGUGAAGCAGCAGCCAGUCUGCGACGGGCCGGGGUCACGGUUUACGCAGUAGGGGUCGGAGAUUAUGACAAGACUGAACUGGUGAAGAUGGCCACUCAAACCUCUAAUGUCUUUGAGGUGGAAAGCUUUGAAGAGCUGAAGCUCACAAUAAGAAAGCUGCAGAAAAACCUGUGUAACAAUCUGGUUAUCAUAGAUCCAAGCGAAGAGGACAACAAAAAAGCAUGUGUGAGAAAAGACGUAGCGGACAUCUUCUUCCUGAUUGACAACUCUGGGAGCAUUAAUGACCUAGACUUCGAAGACAUAAAGACGUUCAUUCUUAGGUUUCUGAAGACUUUCCGUAUUGACCCAGAUCAUUUUCGCAUGGGAGUGGCAAAAUAUGCUGAUUCUACUACUACAGAAUUUACUCUGACGACCCACAGAGACUUUGAGUCAGUUAAGAAAGCCCUUAUGGCUUUUAGACGCACAGGAGGUGGAAGGAACACAGUGAGGAACACAGGAGCAGCUCUGUUUCAGAUGGCCAAAGAGUUUAGCAAAAACCCCCGUGACCUCACGGUCCCAAAAUACCUGAUCGUCAUCACAGAUGGGGAAUCCGCUGAUGAGGUCACGGCUCCCGCAACAAAUUUAAGGGCGCGGGGUAUCUUCACUUACGCCAUCGGGGUGAAAGAUUCAACCCCAGCGGAGCUACAAAAGAUUGCCGGCGACCCCGAGAGGACCUUCUAUGUCAAUAAUUUUGAUGCCUUGAAAUCGAUCGACAAUAAAGUCAUCACCGACAUUUGCACUGAUGAAGCUUGCAGAAAUAUACAGGGCGAUGUCUUUUUCCUAAUUGACAGCUCUUAUGGCAUCAAAGAGGAAGACUUUCAGACAAUGAAAGAGUUCCUGAAAUCCCUCAUCCGCAAGACCGCCCAGCAUAACGAGUUGCAGGUGGGUCUCAUGCAGUUCGGCUCCGAAAGCCGUCUUGAGUUCGCCUUAAAGCCUUCUGGAAGGAUGGAGGAAAUGAUCUUAGGCAUUGAUGAAAUGGAGCAGGUGGAUGGAGACACGUACUUGGGAAAGGCCCUUGAAAGUGCAUUGCAGUAUUUCAAUGAAGAUGAAGGAGGGAAACCUCACACGGGUCAGAAGCUGAUAGUGAUAACCGACAGCAAGUCGGCCGACCAGGUCAAAGGCCCCGCCAAGGCUCUGAGGGACAAGGGAGUGGUGGUCCACGCCAUCGGUGUGGCGGAAGCCGACACUGACCAGCUGGCAGAGAUCAGCAAUUCGUUGGACAGAGUUUAUAACGUGAGAGACUUUGAUGCUCUGAAGGACUUGGAAGGCAGGUUCGUGUCGAAGGUGUGCGAGAACGUGUGUCUUUUAGUUCAAGCUGACAUUAUCUUCCUGGUGGACACCUCCAAGUCCAUAUCUAAAACACAAUUUAAAGACAUGCAGACCUUUAUGAAGACCGUUGUGAACCAAACCAAAGUUGGCCAGGAAAACACUCGUUUUGGGCUCCUAUCCUACUCGACUACUCCAACGCGUCAUUUUGACCUCAAGGACCAUGACUGCAAACUAGAUGUUUUGAAAGGCAUCGACAUUAAAAAUCCAGAACGAGAUGACACUUAUACGAGUAGGGCUUUAAACUUCUCGCUGGAAUUCUUCGAUGCUAAAUAUGGUGGCCGCAGAGAACGCGGGGUGCCUCAGAUUCUGAUGGUGAUCACAGACGGGGAGGCCACCGACCCGUACGACUUGAAAAAGAAUUCUGAUGCGCUGAGAAAGCGCGGUGUCAACGUUGUGAGUAUCGGGGUGAAAAAUGCUUUAAAGACUGAGCUGGAGAUAAUGGCCGACGACCCAUCCAAAGUGUUCUUCGUGGACAACUUUGAGGAAUUAUCCACUUUGUACAGACAGAUGUCUAACAUCUUCUGCAGGAAAAAAGUGUGCAAAGAGAACGACAUUGUCUUCCUAAUCGACCGGUCGGGCAGUAUCAACAUAGACCAACAUCAGAAGAUCAAAAACUUCACAGUACAAUUGGUGAACCAGUUUACCGUCAGUAAAGGCGGCGUGCAUAUUGGAGUUGGACAGUUUGCAAAACAUUUUCAAAAAGAAUUCUACCUCAAUGAAUAUAUUGACAAGGAGAAUUGUACCGCAAAGAUCAACGAACUGAAUCAUAAAGGUGGAGAAACCAACAUCCUAGAGGCUUUGAGUGAAAUACAGAAAUUCUUUCUUUCGGAAAACGGAGGCCGCAAUGGGGUCCCCAAGACCCUGGUGUUGAUAUCAGAUGGUCGAUAUGACAACGUGAAAGUGUCAGAAGAAGGUGAACAUCUAAAGAGUCUUGGCAUAAAUGUGUUUGCCAUUGCCGUCGGAAAGUACUACCCCUUGAAGCUUUAUCAGAUUACCCGCGUCCAAAACAGGGUGUUAACCUCAAAAAGCUUCGACGAGCUACCAAAGAUGGUGGAAAUGGUGGGGGAUAAAUUGUGCCCCGAAGAACGAGACGACGAGCCCAAACCAGAUCCAGACUGUAGCGUUGAUAUCGCCAUGGGAUUCGAUAUUUCCCGGGAAGACCGACCUCCUGGCGCGAAGCUGGUCAGCGGCCACCCCAAGCUCGAGGCCUACCUGCCAGAGAUCGUCCGCUCCGUGUCGUCGCUACCGAGUCAGUGCUGCGGCGAUUCAGGUCCUGUCAGAACCAACAUCGCCUUUAGAGUGGUAGAUCGAGAGGGAAGGUCUACGUACGACACAGACUUUAAGGCCUACUACAAUGAAACGGUGCAUGAUGUCAUGAAUGAGCCGAUGUCACGACCUUCCUUCUUCAAUGCUGCCCUGCUGGACUCCUUCAAGACGAUGUUCAAGACCAAGUCCAAAGCUAGGGUGAAGGUGCUGGUGAUCUUCUCAGAUGGAAUCGAUCAGGACGUGAUGACUCUAGAGCAGGAAUCAGAGCUUCUGCGACAGUCUGGGGUCAGUGCUCUGCUGACGGUGGCCCUGGAGGGGGCCCGGGACCCCGCCCAGCUGCAGAUGGUGGAGUUCGGGCGAGGUUUCGGCUACAAGCUUCCUCUCAGCAUCGGCAUGACGAGCGUCAGCAGCGCGGUCCUCAAGCAGAUGGACACAGUGACAUCCAGGGAGUGCUGCAACGUCACAUGCAAAUGUUCAGGAAAUGAAGGCGGCCGUGGCUCUCAGGGGCCCCCGGGGCCAAAGGGUCUUCCCGGAUCGCCAGGUCAACCAGGUUUUCCUGGAGAUGAAGGAGUCCCUGGUGAGCGAGGGCGUCCUGGACCGAGCGGACCUCCGGGCUUCGACGGCUGUCCCGGUCCCAGAGGACACAAGGGCUCCAGAGGACCGUCCGGUAACAAGGGCGAGGACGGAGAAGACGGACUGGGCGGAGUCGACGGAGAGCAGGGAAUGACAGGCCCAGCCGGGAGGCGAGGACCAAGGGGAGAUUCUGGAGACCCGGGUAUCCCGGGUAUUAGCGGGGAGAAGGGGCUUAAAGGACAGCGAGGACUCAGAGGAGAUCCGGGAGAACCAGGCGCCGAUAACAACAGACCGGGAGCCAAAGGGGACCCUGGGAACCCAGGUCUACCGGGUAGAGCUGGACAGGACGGGGAGAAAGGCGAUCGCGGAGACAAUGGGAACACGGGUCCAGACGGGAGGAGAGGCUCGGGUGGGAAGAAGGGGAGACCUGGAGAAAAAGGGGAACCGGGCCUUCAGGGGCCCCCCGGUGCUUCUGGUCCACAGGGAAAAGGUGGAGAACCCGGUGGACGUGGACCAAAAGGAUUCCCUGGCUUCCCUGGAGUUCAGGGUCCACCAGGACCAGCUGGAGAUCCGGGAUCAGCCGGGCGCCGCGGAGCGAACGGAGCGAAGGGCCAACCCGGAGACCCGGGUGUGAAGGGGGGUCCUGGAGGGCAGGGAUCCAGAGGGCCGCCGGGUUUAGACGGAAAAGACGGUCUGGGACCUCCAGGACAAAAAGGAGCCAAGGGAGAGUUUGGUUUCCCUGGUUACCCCGGACUACCGGGUGGAGACGGUCAGAGGGGAAACAAAGGAUACCCAGGACCCAAAGGGAACCAAGGUCGAGGGGGGAACUCAGGCGGAUCGGGAACCCCUGGUGAUCCGGGAGACGAUGGACAUCCGGGAUACAUAGGUCCCAAAGGUCUUCCUGGAGGCAAAGGCAUGACUGAGUGUCAGCUGAUCAGCUACAUAAGAGACAACUGUGCUUGUUACGACGGUCAGUCACAGUGCCCGGCCUACCCCACCGAGCUAGUCCUGGCUCUGGACAUGUCGGAGGACGUGGACUCGGACGCCUUUGAGAGGCAGCGCUCUGUCCUCCUCUUCCUACUGGACAAGAUCACUGUCUCGGAGAGCAACUGUCCGACGGGCGCUCGCGUGGCCGUGGUGGCCUACAGCGACUACACCAAGUACCUGAUCCGCUUCCACGAUUACCGCCGCAAGGCCCAGCUUAUCGAGUUGGUGAAGAACAUCGCCUUGGAGAGGACUUCCAAGCGGCGCCAGCUCGGUACCGCCAUGCUCUUCGUGGGUCAGAACGUCUUCAAGCGUGUCAGAGCGGGAAUAAUGAUGAGGAAGGUGGCCGUCUUCCUCGCUAACGGGCCGUCGCAGGAUGUCGAAGACAUUGUCACCGCUGUAAUGGAGUACCGGGCCCUCGGCAUCGUGCCGGCAGUCGUCUCCCUGAGGAACGCUCCCGCUGUUAGUGAAGCCAUGCAGGUGGACGAUUCAGGACACUCCAUCUUCACUGUUCUGAGGAGAGACAUGGCUGCCGACCUGAAGAGCGUCCAGAAUUGUGCCGUGUGCUAUGACCCCUGUCAGCGUCAGGACCAGUGCCCCUUCAUCCAGGAACCAGUGCGGCCUCAGGAGGUUGACAUGGACCUGGUCCUGGUGGCGGACGGCUCCAGGGAGGUGCAGGCUGACGAGUACCGCGGCGUCCAGCAGCUGCUGGGCUCUGUGGUGGAACAGCUGGCUGUAAGUCCUCAGCCCCGCAGGGCGGGCAACUUAGCCCGGGUGGCCGCGGUCCAACAGAGCGGCACCCUGGACAUCAAGGUAGCGUUUGGCUUCGGGGCCUACCAGACCAGCGCAGUGAUGAGGAACCACCUGAUCCGAAACAUGACGCAGCGGGGCGGUUCGUCGGCGCUUGGACGGACGCUGGAGUUCACCUUGCAGGAGGUUCUUCUGAAGGCCGGACAGCCCCGGCAGAGGAGGGUGCUGCUGACUGUGGUGGGAACCAAGACCUCGGUAGAAGACCGAGCUAAGCUGCGCUACAUUUCCCGGAGGGCCAAGUGUGAGGGGGUGGCGGUGUUCGUGGUUACGGUCGGGGGUCGCUAUGACCGGGCGCAGGUGGAGGAGCUGGCCAGUCCGCCUCUUCAUCAGCACCUGAUCCACAUGGGCAGUCUGAAGGCUGAGGAGCAGGGCUACGCCCAGCGCUUCUUCAGAGUCUUCCUCUCCGCCCUCAACAAGAAAAUUAACGCGUACCCUCCGCCUGCAUUGAAACGGACCUGCAACCAGUUGACAGAUGACUUGUAUCUUCGGGACGGACAGGAGACAGAGCAGAGGGACGAGGAGAUGGGUGUAAAGACUCAGUCUGGACAGGUGGACGUCACAGAAACUGUAGGAGAUGGACAAAGCUUCUCAGGGGCUGAACCCAACGACAUCUGUUUCCUCAGCAAAGACCCCGGCACCUGCUCCAACUACACCAUGAUGUGGUUCUUUGACAGCGAGCAGAGGAGAUGCUCUCGCUUCUGGUACAGCGGCUGUGGAGGCAACAAGAACCGCUUUGAGAUGCUGAAGGACUGUGAGAGCCUGUGUCUUACCAAGAGAGGUGGAGUAAGAGCAAGAAGAGAAGGAGUAACAGGAGGAAGUAUUGCAGGAAGCCUCCAUCGUUUGAAGAAAGCUGCUUUGCACUAAUCGUGGAUCAUGAAAAUGAUCCAAUCCCUUGAAGUGAAAAGUCUGAACAGUCUUUAUAUCAUAUCCUGUUCCCUUCAAGUUGUCUCCUUCAUGUUCAGCCAGUUUUUCACAGUUUUGUUUAUUCUUUGUCAUUUUUCCUGUGAAUUGUUUAGGACAUUAAAAACUUAAAUUGAAUGAAAUUGCUGUUUUUAAAGAAUACUGCUUAACUAGAACUAAUGAAGGUUCAUGCCUCUAUUUUCCUAUUAAACUUGAUAUUUCA